AUGGAGGAUGGGGUCUGUGUGGCAUGCAUUGGCACCGCAGGGUGGACCAAUGAGCUGGGUGCCACCUGUGAUGCCAUCGAUGAGACCGGAUGCAAUGACCGACCAGUGAACGGCCAAAGCAGCAACCAAGCUUGCUGUCUUUGUAAGGGGGGCCACAAAAGCCCAACGCCUUUCAAAUACCCGGACACCCGCUUUGUGGUGGGUGCUGCCGUGGAUUUGGCACCCACACCUCGCACUGCCAAGAGGUAUUCCUUGAAUGCUGAUUGUGGCUUUGCUGCCCACAACCUCACCAUGGAUGGAGAGACCGGAAAGAUCCACUACAUUGCCUCCCGUGAUAAGCCCACGAAGCCAUUCUCAAUCCAAUGCGAAGUCACCGCUCAUCAGGGUGUCGGACUAGUGCAGACGUCGAAGGUUUCUGUUGCGGUGGACUUCCUGACCUACGGGACCAGUGCUUUGAUCUUCUCUCCCACCGUGCAGUCCUUCAGUUUGACCACCUCCGGUGGAGAAUGGAAGGAUUACAGCAUGGUCUGCGCACCCGAGGCUCCGUGGCUCAGCAUCUCCAACUCAGGCCAUCUGAGUGCUUCCUCCGGCAGCAGGGGCGCGAUCACGGAGGCCGAGAGCGGCGAUGGAGACUACGUGGGGAUGGAUGGGGCUGUCUGCGUGGUCUCCGGAUACCAGAAGGAAGGCGGCCAGUUUUUGAAGAGGAGCUCCACCUUUGUGGCUGUGCAGCCGAAGCCUUGGCCAGGCCUUUCCUAUGAGAGCAACUACCUGGAGGUCGUGGUGGGUGAAGAAGUGAAGCCACUGAAGCCCCGAAUCCCCUUGGGAUACGAGGAGAGCGUGGGUGGCCUACGCCCUUCAUCCUUCCAGGUGUCCUGCAUCGUCGAUGGUGACUGGGCGGGGGACGGCCGGCCUGCGCCGAACUGGUCCUUUGACAGCAUUUGGGGCGUGGGGUUGCUUGGCUCGCAUGAGAUCUUGGAGGUUCAACCAGAUGGCACCAUUUCUAUUGCGCCAGGUGAGUCUAUGGCCAAGCUGUUUGACGAGGUCUUGGCCGACAACUUGCAACGGAAGUCGGUGUUGCUGAGCUGUGGCGUGUGGGGCAGUUUCCCUGGCUCAGACUUCCCAGCACUUCAUACUCCUCUCAUGAUCCGAAUCAAGGACAGCGUGUGCUGGAUCUCGGAGAGCUUCAAAGGCUCAGUGGUCUCCGAGACGCAGGUCUUGCAAGAGUCCCAGUGCCGGAACACCUGUCGCAUGUCCAAGAAGUGCUCCCACUUCACCUGGGGCGAGGACCGGACCUCCGCACCAGGUCCUCAUGCGGUUUUCCCGCGGUGUUGCGGGUCUAGGACAUUGGAAGGAUGGGUUGCAGGCCAAGUUACUGUUGAUCUCGAAAGGGGAAUCGCCUCAAGAUUUUGUGCAGGGUAG